AUGGAUGCGAAGGACAUAUUGGGAAUUAUUCCAAAAGCAACGCCUCAGGAUAAGAAGCCUCGCUCCCAGAAAGACUCUCAUCGCAAACCAGAUGGCGUCUCUCGCGAGGUUUACGCGCUUACGGGCGGAUUGGGCCCACUCAUGCCUUCUCUCGACGCCUCCCACUUGAAACGCCGGCCUCCGUCUGACAAGGAAAAGGUCACAUGGCAGUGGCUUCCUUUUACGUCAUCUGCUCGGGCGGAUACUUUGCAGCUUUAUCACUGGGUCAGGGUCGUAAACAGUAUUCCUCCAACAGGCGACUACUCUUUUGCCAAGUAUAACAAGUCUGUAGAUAUUGUAAAAUACACGGAUGAGGAAUACGAGAAGCAUUUGACUGAUCCUAUGUGGACCAAGGAAGAGACCGAUCAGUUAUUUGACUUGUGUGAACGGUUCGAUCUACGUUUUAUAGUGAUAGCUGAUAGGUUUCCAUCCUCUCGAAGCGUGGAGGCAUUGAAGAGUCGUUAUUAUGCAGUUUCUCGAGCGCUUUUGGUUGCUAGAGCUCCAUCUCCUGGUGAUGUCUCUGGUCAUCCUCUUGUUAAGGAAUCAUACAAUAUGUCACAGGAGGUUGAACGCAAGCGUGCAUUGUCUAUGAUUUUCUCUCAAACAAAGCAGCAGGAGCGAAAAGAUGCUGAGAUUCUUGCUGAAGCAAAGAGAAUAGCCGAGUCACGCAUGCUUAGCAAGGCUGCUGAAGAAGCUGAGUUGCCAGUGGAUGAAACUGUUGGUCCUGAAAGUACUGAAAAGGCAGCUAUUCCUGUUGAAUCUGUCUCACCUUCUUCCAAUGCUCAGCCUACAACUACACAAGAUAGUGCCUCUGUUCCUGCUUCACUUCGCAUGCUCCGUGUAUAUUUGAGAACACAUGCUCUUGAUCAAAUGGUGCAAGCAGCAAGCACAUCUGCCGGACUCCGUACUACCAAGAGGGUUGAACAGACUUUACAAGAGCUUGGGAUUCAUCUAAAACCAAAGGUCCCGACCAAAGCAGUUUGUGCAGAGCACCUGGAAUUACGAAAAGAAAUACUUACUCUACUUAACCUCCAGAAACAGGUGCAAUAUAAGGAGGCGGAAGCUUCUGGUCACAAUGACAGUUCAUAUGUUGAAACACCAGGCACUCCCAAGCGCUCUCACCGUGGAGGAGAUCAAGAUCGGCCAUUUGUCAUUCCUGAUUCUGUUGCUUUUGGAGGUGAAAGAGUUGGAAAACGGGAGCAAAAACGCAAGGCCCCUGGAAGAUAUUCUGAAGCACCACCAUCACCCCCUCAGUCGACAAAGAGGGCUCGAAAAUUAAAAGCUUCUGACUAAUGAGCCUUAGAAUUACUACACUGAGAAAGCGGAAGAUCCCGCUGUUGCCCCUGGAGGAGCUAGAUGAAUGGUGGUGAUCUCAUAUAUGUCGAAUUCAGGGGAGAAACAAGUGGGCCCAAUUGAUGAAAUCCCUAAUAUUUUGGAUUUUUCAUGCCUAUUAUUGCUUUGUUCUUGAAACGACA